AUGAUCAGCCUUCCGAAACUCGUCGGCAGUCUCGCCUUUCUUAUGGGCACAUCGCUCGCGUCUCCUAUUGUCAAGAGGAACGGGACGCGUUUUGAUCCGGCCGAUUUUGUGGUCGCUGCUGUUCGUGCGGCGCCUCCUCAAUGGUCUUUGCCGUUGAUCAAUUAUACAUACGGUGGCAUGAACCUGGACGCGACCGUCGCCUAUGCUGCCGAUCUCAUUCAGCAGGCUUCUGACGAUGGCGUCGGACUGUUGGCGUUCCCCGAGUUAUACUUUCCUGGCUACCCUAAAUACCUCGAUGCCAAUGCUUUUGUUCCCGACUUAGUAGACAACUCCCUGAGUAUGGAUGGGCCUCAAUGGCGACAGCUUGUGGCGGCGGUUCAACACGCUGCCAUCUACGUGGCUAUCGGUUUCUCCGAAAGCGAUGGUGACAAGCUGUACAUGAGUCAGGCACUCUUGUCGCCAGAGGGCGACGUGUUGAUACAUCGGCGCAAGCUCCGACCAUCUGGUGGAGAGCGUACUAUAUGGAGUGAUGGGAAUGUCGGCGGAUUGGAGGUAGUCGACACGCCUUACGGGAGGAUGGGCAUGUUGGAAUGCUGGGAACAUUUCCAUCCGUCAAUGACAUUCAACGUCCAGGCUCAGCUUGAGGACAUCCACAUCGGGGCCUGGCCGUACACGCCCAACUACAACGCUACCGGAUGGGCAUACUGGCAGACUGCCGAUGUCAACCUUGCGGCAGCUCGAACCUAUGCCGUCAACUCUGGUGCCGUUAGCGUAGUGCCCAGCAUCGGCAAAGCUGUGAUCUUUAGCGCUCAGGGCCUGGUGCUCACGGAAACUCCGGACGCCGAGACGAGGAUGUCCGAGGAGCCAUUCAUCUAUACCUCCGUCAACACCACUGCGUUCCGUAGGACGGCAUACAACAUCAACGGCGAGGAGAGUUGGGGUACGCUACAGCAGAUUGUGAAUUCCUUUCCCAAAGGUAACCCCAAGGCGCAAGGCUCGUUUGUUCUACCAAAGGAGAUCCGGGUCGACGAUCUUUUAAAGGCCGCGCGUAACGGAUCCCUGUACCACGAUUGA